GCCAUGGAGGAGCUGGUGGACGAGGAGCUGGUGAUAAACACUGAGAUCUCCAACUUCAACCACUUUCAGAUCGAGAGACUCUUGAACAAACCUGGACUGAAAUACAAACCAGUGAUCAACCAGAUUGAAUGUCACCCAUACCUCACGCAGGAGAAAUUGAUCCAGUACUGUCAGUCCAAGGGCAUCAGUGUCACAGCUUACAGCCCGGUGGGCUGUCUAAAUAGAUCUGGGGCCAAACCAGAGGACCCUUCUCUACUGGAGGAUCCCAAAAUUAAUGAGAUUGCUGCAAAGCACAAAAAAUCCACAGCCCAGGUUCUUAUCCGGUUCCAUAUCCAGAGGCAUGUGAUUGUAAUUCCCAAGUCUGUGAUGCUCGCAUGCAUCGCAGAGAACUUUCAGGUCUUUGACUUUAAAUUGAGCAAUGAGGAGAUGGCGACCCUACUCAGCCUCAACAGAAACUGGCGGUACUGCACCUUUAACUCAUAA